AACAGUCAUCAUCACACCGUCAUCAGUCGCUCGUAGCGUGUGUUGUGUCGUUCGCGUUCGAUAUUUUGAGCUCGCGAGUGGAGGUCUUGUUAUUCGGAUUUUUCCCCGUUUAUAGUGAAUUGGAACGAAUAUUUCGUGUGUUCGGUAUUGUUUCAAUGCGGUGAAAGUGAAAUUGAUUGUGGAUUUUGAGUGCAAAGUGGAUUUAUUCGUUCGAUUGAUUUGAUCUGAAAAGUCGUCAUCCAUCACACACGAAGAGGAGUUCUCUCGUCAUCCCAUCAUCAUCAUCGGCGAAGUAGGCGAAAUUUCAGAUCGCAUCGAACCCGCCCAUCUCGACACCGCACUAUCCGGCGGAAAGCUCCGGCCUCCGGCAGGGUGGUGUUCGUGCACCGUUGUUGGCCGGACGGAAUCCACGGACUCACACACAGCUACCCGAGUCGCUGGAGGAAUCGACCACACGAAGACCACCAUCAGCAAAAGUGACAGCUCGCUCCCCUUGUGCGGUGUCGGUGUGUCGUCGUGAUCUCCGUCAUCAUCGUCGCGGUGCGGACAAGAAGACCAAGACACUACCUACUCCAAUCCAGCCAGCCAUCCAGCAGUAGAGUCGAGUCAACCAGCCCAUCAGCAGUAGGUAGGAGAGUGUUGUACGUACGUACGGUGAAUGCGCGAGUGAUGUUGUAAGCAUUUUUUUCUUGCCUUACCUAUAUUUUGUGUGACACGGAGGUGGAAAUUGUGCAAAAGGGAAAUCGAAGCUGAUUAUCGUUGUUGGGGAGAAAAGUUUGCCCGAGUGAAAAUCGGCCUGCAGUUUAGGUUUUAGCACCGUGGAUAUCUGGUGGUGUGGUUGUGGAGCAGAGGAAGAUUCAAACAAGGAGUUUCGUAGGCGAAAGGAAUAGCCAAAUCCUUGGGGUUUCAGAAAAAGAAGGCGUAAAAGCCAGUCAGUGCUGGAAGAGAGUGUGUGUACCUAUAAGUCAGUGUACACGAAUGGGGCGGCUGCUGCUGAUGCAGUUUGUGCAAUCAAAAUAAAUUUGUGUGCUUUUUGCAAAGGAAAUAAGGGGUGCCCCGUUGUGCAAACGAGUGUGUCAGUCGCGGAAUCAAGGGAGGGGCGAAGGUAAUAAAAUAAGUGCAAUCCCUUGUGCUACUGAGAAGCAGUGAAUUCUCUGGAUUUGGUAGAGGAAAUCAACCUCCGGGAGGGAAGUUUUAAAGAGGCUGUGAGGGGCGGAACGCGGCAAUCAUCGGACCUUGCGGCAGCCUGCUAGCUGAUAUCAUUCCUCUUCAAGGUGGACGACAUCGGUCUGCGUCGUCGUGUGAUUCUCCGUCAUCCUACUGAAAGUCAAUCAUCGACACGACGCGGACAAGAGCGAGAAUAACAUUCAAGUUGCGAAAAUGCGGCUCCCUCGCCGGGUGGUGAACUAAAAAGUGAGGACUGGCUCACUCACCUGCACGACCCAGCCAUCGUGAUUAGAGCUCCGUAGAGCUUGAUUUAGUGCCGAGCGAGAGACAGUCGCAGCAGUAGCCGAACUUCCCGAACCUCCACACCUCCUCGCCCCCACAGAAUGCCGCUACCGAAACGGCUGGUCCAGCCGGUGUACGUCGCCCGGUCGGUGUACGUGCGGGAGGAACUUCCGGCCGAGCUUGAAACCGUAACCAACACCACCCUCACUAACAUCGUGCGCCAGCUGUCGUCGCUGUCCAAACAUGCCGAGGAUCUGUUUGGCGAGCUGACGCGGGACGCCGGCAAUCUAGCCGAGCGGGCUAAUUCGCUGCAGGCACGGAUCGAUAGGCUAGCAAUUAAGGUGACCCAAUUAGAUAGCACGGUGGAGGAAGUUUCACUGCAGGACAUCCAGCUGAAGAAAGCCUUCAAGAGUGCCACCGUGUUUGAUCAGCAGAUAUUCUCCCGGUCGACGAUGCCGACCGCGAUGCUGGAAGUGUACCAGGCUUGCGAUAAACCACCUCCACUUGAUAAACUGAACUGCUAUCGAGACGACGGAAAGGAUGGUCUAAAAUUCUACACCGACCCGAACUACUUCUUCGAACUGUGGCGACAGGAGAUGUUGAAGGACACGGAACGGGUGAUGCACGACCGCGGCAAAAAGGUACACAAACCUCGGGGCCCCGAUGGAGCGGAUGGUGGUGGCCGACAGAAGAAACGACCUCGAGCACCGCACAACACUCGCGAAAAGCAACGGCAACGGGCCAUUGGCCACGGAGAAACGCUGAUGCCGAACAAUGUAAUCUACCGAACGCCCAGUGCGAUCGCCCAAGCAAACGAAGAAGCCAUCUACAACCAGACCAUGGGAGGAAAUAUAAUCUACGAUCCGCGAAAUGCAGGACCAGCGAGGCCAAAUUCCAUCGAGCUGCGACGAAGUUACCAACCGGAAACCGUGGACGGAGGAUACGCGCCUCCUUCGCCGCACUACCAACAGCAACUAUCCCAACAGAACAACUACCAACAGCAACCAAUGUACGACGAGUAUCCGAACCAACAGAUGUACGGAAACAACACAAGCCAAAUGUCCCAGGAAAGUCUGUACGCGCCGGGAACUCCUUCGCGGUCGAAAUCUCGGCCUUCGCAACCUCCGCCAGCUCCGCCUUCCACCGGAAGCGGCGGAGGAACUCCCAACGUUUCGAAUGCCAAUACUCCUACCCGAGGCCGAAGUAUGUCCACCGGUAGGGACAACCUGCCACCUCCGCCACCGAUUCCAGAGGGACUCCAGUCUCCACCGGGCAUUCCCAACGGAGGCACCAACGUGGCAGCUAAGCUACUGAAUCGCAACAAUUCGAGAGCGGGCUCUCCUCAGCUAGGUGCCAACGGACAACCAAUUCCACCCCAGCAACAAGCCCAGAUGGCAGGUGGACCCCAGCCUGGAAUGGUGGAUCAGAACCAAAUUGCACUGGCUCAGCUAAACCAACAGAUCAACAAUCUGAACAGUUUGAACCUACAGCUGAAUCAGUUGUCGAUGAACGAUUUGCCACCGCCGCCACCGAUUCCGGAACAGCUAUCUCCCAAACAGUCACCGCCAAAUGUGGCGCCACCUCCGCCGCCACCACCGCCUCCGCUACUGGACGGCCCGCUGAGUCCCUCGAAACCUCCGCUGACCAAUGGCGAUGUCAUGAGCGGCGGAGGUGGCAUGCCCAACGGUACCCUCAUCAUGGGCCAGAUGCACCAACUGAAAAAGAUUCCACCCCAGGAGAAGAUCGCCUACGAGGAUCCCCGGUCCGAUCUGAUGAAGGCCAUCCGAGACGGAAUCAAAUUGCGCAAGGUGGAACAGCGGAACGACGCCAAGGAUAACGACCGGACCAUCGAGCGGUUACACGACGUGGCUUCCAUUCUGGCGCGGCGCGUCGCCAUCGAGCUGAGCGAAUCGUCCGACUCGGAGAGCGACGACGAUAGCGAGGGCUGGAUGGAGAACGAAACGUCCGCAUGACAGCACGAGAACCUGGCGGCGUCGACCGGAACGGCCGUCGCUGCCGGCGGUGGAAAAAAGAAGUAGGAGAAACGUCCUCUUGAUAGAUGCGAGUGGUUCUUCUACAUCUUCAUUGACAUAAGUGUGGGAUGGAUUGGGUCUGGGUUAUCAUCGGAAAACGAGUGUCGUAGAUGUAAUAGGCAAGAAUAUGCAAAUGUGAAGGUGAUUAGACAAAAUGUGCGAGGUUGGCUCUAAGGAUUUAGGUUUAUCGAUGGGAUUUUCCUUGAAACAGUGUCUAAUUGUUUUCAUUUUUUUUGUUUAGCCAUGCUCGCUUUUUCAAUACCAACAUAUGUACCAACGACAAACAGCACAUCAAGAAGACUAAAAGAUGGAAGUGGUAUAUGUAAUUUCAAACGUAGUUUGAUUUCUGAUCAAAAUACCAUUGCUCAAUCAUUAUCUUUUCUCAGUGUUUUUGAAUGUGACCAAACAAUUCCCUGUCGGUCUUCUUGAAAAGUGUGUUUGUGGGUUUUGAACAACAGCUAAGGGGUAGUUCGUAAACCACGUAGACUUUUUUUUAACAGAAGUCUACAAGGACAAGGGAGGAUCUGAGAUAACCAAAAUUUGGUCUGCGUAGUUUAUGAAUGGCUCCAAGCUCUACAGUACAAAGCGUCUGUAUUCAGCUUUGAAAUUGUUUCAAGUUUAUCCGGCAAGUCGGUCCAUCAGAGAUUAUCGAGUUCACUGCCCUGUAUGAAGGAAUAAUUUCGCAAUCACGUGAACACUGGUUAUGCAUAAUGCUGAAACAAGCGUUUUCCGCUUCCGUGCUGCAGAAACUAAAAAAAAAACUAAAUAAACGUUUAGAGAAUUUUAAUGGAAAUAUCUGAUAAUUUCAAGAAUCUCUUUUGAUGAUUCGUUUUUAUAGGUACUUCUCUGUACUUCUCCAAUAAUUACUUUUAGGGAUUCUUCCACAAAUUCCAUCUAGAGAUUAUUUCAAGAAUUCCUUCUGAAAUAUUCGUCCAGGAGCUCAAUAUGACGAUUACUCCAGGAAUUCCUGCUGAGGAUCCCUCCGAGAAUCUCCUGUUGGACAUUUCUCCAGAAGCUCAUUCUGGGGAUUCCUCCAGGAAUUCCUUCUGUCAAUGCUUCUAGAAAUGCCAUGUGAGUAUUUCUUCUAGUGAUAUCUCUAUGAAAACUUUCUGUGAAUUCCUACUUAUACGUUCGGUCCUGGGGAUUUCUCCAAUAAUACCUAGAAGUUCUUUUAGAAAUUCCUACAACAUUUUUGUCUGGGAUUCUUCCGAGAAUUGCUUCUGGGAACUAAUCCAGGACUUCGAUCUAGGGAUUUCUUCUGUAAAUCUUGGAUGAUUUCCAAUACUCCUGAAGGAUUUCUAGAAGGCCAGAAGGUUUCUGUAACGCCUGGAAGAAUCACAAAAGGAACUAUUAAAAGAUUUCUACAAGUAACUCCAGCUGGAAGUUUUGCAGAAGGAAAUGCUGGAGAAUGCUGGAGAUUUACACUAAGGAAUUUCUGAUGGAUUUUCAGAAAAAAAAAACUCCUGGAGCAUUUCCAGAACGAGCUCCUGGUAAAUUCUUAGAAGAGAAUCCUAAAGAUUCCCAGAAAGAGCUCCUGCAGGAUUCUUAGAGGGAACUUCUUCUAGAGGAUUCCUAGCAGGAAGAAUACCCACCUGGAGAAUUUCUCAAGGAACACAUCUGGCAAUUACUCCAGAAACCCUAUCCUGAGAUUCACUCAGAAGUCAGAAACUUCUGAUAGGGAUUCCUUGUAGAAUUCCUGAUAAUUCCUGCCAGGGAUUUUCCUAAAAACUCGUUUAGGUUAUCACGCCGAGGACGUGGGAUCGAAUCCCACUUCCGACAAACUCACAAAAUGUUAGUUAUUCCUUCGGAAGUGAAGUAAAGCGUGGGUCCCGAGAUGAACUAGCCUAGGGCCAAAAAUCUCGCUAAUGCAGAUAAAAAAAUUCGUUUAAUUAGGGGAUGCUAUCAUGAAUUCCUUUUGGAGAUUCUUCCAAGAAGUACUUCUAGGGACUCGAUCUAGCCUUCUCUUCUUUCCUAAAGAAACUCCUGAAAGAUUCCUAGAUGAAACAACUGGAAGAUCCCUAGUAAAAAAACUUCUGGAAGAUUCGUGUUAGGAACUUCAGAAGGAUUUCUAAAGAAGAAAGAUAUCCUGGAAGGUUUCCGAAAGAAACUUUUUAGGGGUUCUCACUAGGAACGCAUGAAGUAUUUUCACUACGAACUCCUGGAGAGUCUCCAGGCAGAGCUUCUCUAAGAUUUCUAGAAUUAUCUCUAGGGGAUAGGUUGCCUCCCAGAAAGAACUUGUAAAGGAUUUCCAGAACGAGUUCCUGGAGGAUUCCAAAAAAAGGAUUCCCACAAGUAACUCCUGAAGGUUUUACAGAGAAAAUGCUGCAGGAUUCCCAGAAAAAAACUUGUGAUAGGGAAUCGCGCUACUUGGGCGGUGGCUUCUAUAUUCGUCUGUUUUCCACUAUAACUCAGUCCGAGAUGAACUAGCCCUGGGCUAAAAAUCUCGUUAAUACAGAUAAAAAAAAAAAACUAUAACUCAGUCAAUCUUGAACCAAUUGACACAAUUCUUGGAAUGCGGUGAGAUAGGUAUAGUAUCUACCCGUGUACAAAAUUUCAAGUCAAUCGGUUCAAAAUUGACCGAGUUACAGUGGAAAACAGACGAAAAUAACAGACGAAGAAAACCACCGCCCAAGUAGCGCGAUACCCUAGAUUUCCAGAAUUAACACUAGAAGGAACUUCUGAAAGAUGUUUAGAUGGGACUUCUGGAGAAUUUCCAGAACGAGCUCCUGGAGCAUUCUUAGAGGGAACUUCUAGAGAAUUCCUAACAGUAAGGAUACGCAUCUGGAGAAUGUCUCAAGGAACAUAUCCGGCAAUUACAUACUUCAGAAACUCCAUCCUGAGAUUCACUCAGAAGUCAGAAACUCCUACUAGGGAUUCUUCGAAGAAUUCAUGAUAAUUCAUACUGAGGGUUCAUCUAGAAACUCGUUUAGGGGACCUGGGAUCGAAUCCCAGAAGGGAAGUAAAGCGUGGUUCCAAGAUGAACCAGAAUGGGCUAAAAAUAUCGCUAAUGCAGAUAAAAAAAACCGUUUAAUUAGGGUUAUAAGAAACAACUGGAAGAUCCCUAGUAAAAAAAAAAAACUACUGGAAGAUUCGCGUUAGGAACUUCAUAACGAUUUCUAAAAGAAAGUUCCCGAAAGAAACUUCUCAUUUGAAACCCUGGAGGAUUUUCACUAGAAACUCCUGAAGAAAUUCCGGGUAGAACUUCUCGAAGAUUUCCAGAAAUAACUCCAAGGAUAGGUUGCCUUCCAGAAUGAACUUAUAGAGGAUUUCCAGAACGAGCUCCUCCAGGAUUCCAAAAAAGUCCUGUAGGACCCCCAGAAGAAAAUCCAGAAAAAUUCUAUAAAAGGUUACCCAGUAAGGAAUCCUGAGAGUAUCUAAAGACGAUUCUGGGGGGAAUUUAAUAGUGGUGAAAUCCAAGAUCAAAGUCAUGGAUAAAGGAACUCCAGCAGGAAUUCCAAAAAAAGUAGUCCUGAAGCGAAAUCCCAGAAGAGACUCCUGCAGGAAUUUCAGAAGAAUCCUAGAAGUAGGUACUUGAGAGUUUUUUUUUCGGCCUUGCAGCAGUCUUCUGUUCACAAUCCUAGAAGAAGGAUUUCCUGAAAGAAUUCUCUAUGAAGAAUUUCAGAAGCAACUUCAGAUAGAAAACCGGGAAAACUGCCACCACUUUCGUAAAGAAGGUCAUUUUCUCUAGAUGUUGUAAAUGCUAUGGAAAGGAUAAAAUACGAUUCACAGCUUUGGAUGAGGGUGAUAUUUCAAGAACAGAUAUGCUUUUUUGAAAUGUUAAUGCUGAUUUGGAAAAACCGACGUUUGUUGCCAUGAACAUUCAGCUGUUUGUGAGAUAAUUAAUCAUACAGCCUGCUGAAACUUUCCUCACAAACUCCGUCAGAAAAGGUAUAGAAAUUAACCCUAAUUUCAUUUCCAAUUAGGGUUUUCGACCCCAUUCUCGACACUACAAAAACAAACUAAAUUGUGCAUUACCUAAAUUCAAAACAAAAUGACCGUUUUCGUCCACUUCUUCCAUGUGAAUCAGAUACCUUAUUGCGUGAACUUGUUGUGACUGUUGUGAAGAUUUUCUUCCGGAAAGUUGAUUUUGAACGAGUUUGCUGCGUCUAGUCCAGCGCCAAUUUCCGGCACCAGUGCCGAACUUCCAGCAAAAUCAAAUGGGAAAUCACUUCGGCAUCCAUCUUUGUGCCUCCCAGGAUUUCUCCCUGAGAACUUCUCGAUAUGUUUCCAGAGCUUCUUGCUGGAUUCCUCCCGGAAAUCCAAUUUAUCCAAAGUUCCUUCGUGAAUUUCUCUUAGAAGAUUUCCGGGACAGAUUUUCAGUUUCUCUCGUGAUUUUUGUGAGAUUCUGCAAAAGUUCUUCUAGGGAUUUCUGCCAGAGAGUUUUCAUAGGUUUCUUAUGGAGUUCCUCGCGGUAUUUUGCCCGUUGUUGCUACCGGAAUGUGUUGAAGAGAUUUCCAGAUUUUCUCUUGGAAUAUUUCAUCCAUUUUUGUGAUGUCCUUCGAAGAAUCUUUUCAGGAUUUCUUCUCUGGAUUACUUCCGAUAUUUCUUCAGGAGUUUCUCAGAAGAAUUUUUGUAGUUUAUCCCAGAGGUGGGAAAAUCUAUAUAUAUAAAAAUGCAGUGGCAUACGUGGGACCGCGCAUAACUUGCGAACGGAUGGUCCGAUUUGGGUCGUCUAAGUUUUGUUCGGUUAGUUUUCACCCAAGGAAGGUUUAUGAGGCCUAAAACAUGGGAAAAUUGAGAGUUUUUGGAAAUCGGGUUUUCAUACAUAUGGAACGGGGACUUGGGCGCUUGGCUAGGGACUUCAAACGUCAAAAAACGCAGUAGGCAAGACAAAGUUUGCCGGGGACAGCUAGUUUUCUAUAAAAUUUAAAGUAUUCCGGGAUCAACUAUUAGAUAAAUCCCAAAAGAAACUCCCAGAAUCCCGGUAGGGAUUCCAGAAAGAACUCUGGAAGUAUUUGCGGAAAAACCGCUGAAAAAAUACCACAGAAAAACUCUGGGAAAUAUCCCGGGAGCAACACCGGAAAGAAUCUUGUAAGGAGAAGUCCACAAAGAACUUCGACGAAAAUCUCAGGUGAAACUUCAAGAGACAUCCCGUGUGAACCUUUAGGAAAUAUCUCGAAGAGAAACUCCUGUAGAAGUCCUGGGAGAAACUAUAAAAGAAUGCUCACGGAAAUUCCUUAAUGAAAUCACAAGAUGAACUUUGGAAGAAAAUCCGUAAGGGACUCUGAGAGCAUUAUAGGGAAAACUAUUCAAAGAAUUCCCGGGAUAAACUCCUGUAGAAAAUUAGUGAAAAACUCCCGCAAAAAACCUAUGAGCAUUUCUCCUGAAAUUCUAUACUAGACUUUUUCUUGGUUUCCUUCCGGGAUUCCUCCUUGGAUUUCCACCGCAAUUCCUUCUUUAGAGAAGCUGCAAAAGAUCUCUCAGAAUUCUUCCCACGAUUUCUCUCGGAGUUCUUCUUUCAAGAUUAUCAUAAGAUUUUUUUUACCUGAAGGUUUCUGUAGGACUUUUUCGCGAGGGCUCGACAGGAGAACAGCCCGGGGUUUCUUCUAGAGAUAUUUCCACUAUUGGGUCUCCAGUUAGCCUAAUGGUUAAGGCUAUGGAUCGCCAAUCCGGAGACGGCGGGUUCGAUUCUCGAUCCGGUCAGGAAAAUUUUCUCGACUCCCUGGGCAUAGUGUAUCAUUGUACAUGCAAGGGCAGGCUGGAUUCCUUCCGGAAAUCCUUCAAAAAUUUAUCCUAAAUUUCUUCAGGAAUUUCUCUUAGUGGAUUGAAUUUUCGGGAUGGAUUUUUAACACUUUCUCCCGGGAUAUGUGCGAGAUUUCUGCAAAAGUUCUUCUAGAAAUUUCUUCCAUAGAGUUUUCAUAGAUUUUUAUUUUUAAAUUUCUUAAAACCUCUUGUAAGAGGUUUUCAGAUUUUCUUCUGGAAUUCCUCUUAUAUGUAUUUCGUUCCCAAAAUUGUUUUUUUUUUUCGAGAUGCCCCAGUUAUUUUCAGGUUUUUCUCAAGAUUUCAUGUGGAUUCCUUUAGAUAUUCAGAAGUUUCUUACAAGAAAUUUUGUAGGUUAUUUCAAAGCGCAUGGGAGGGCCCAUAUAGCCGAGGCGGUAAACGCACGGGUAUUCAGCAUGACCAUGCUGAGGGUGACGGGUUCGAUUCCCGGUCGGUCCAGGAUCUUUUCGUAAAGGAAAUUUCCUUGACUUCCUUGGGCAUAGAGUAUCUUCGUGCCUGCCACACGAUAUACGCAUGCAAAAUGGUCAUUGGCAGAGGAAGCUCUCAGUUAAUAACUGUGGAAGUGCUCAUAGAACACUAAGCUGAGAAGCAGGCUUUGUCCCAGUGAGGACGUUACGCCAAGAAGAGGAAGAGGAGGGGUGGACCUUUUUAAAAACGUUGUGAUUUUUUAUUGUGUAACAGUGUAUGCGUGCAGUGCAAAGUACUAGUACGUAGUACCAAUAAUAUAAAACUUCUCUCGAAAAAUCUAAAGAAUUCUGGGGAAAAUCAUUAGCGAAAUCUCAGAAGAAACAAUAAAUUUUUUAAAGUCCAGAAUAAAUCCUGAAAAACGCUGAGAAAUAUCCCAGCAGCAACACCGGAAGGAAUAUUCCAAGAAAUAUUCCGAGAGAAACUCCUGUUGAAGUCCCGGAAGAAACUAAAGAAGAAUGCUCAUGGAUAUUUCUUGAUGAAUUAUCGAGAUGAACUUUGGAAGAAAGCCCGUAAAGGAUUCUGAGAGAGCAUUUGUAAGAGAUCGCGGAAAAAACUCUUGCAGAAAGCUAGUGAAAAACUCAUUUGAGGAAGUCUAGUAGAAACGAGAGCAGUAAUCCCAGGAAUAACUCCUGUAGAGACUCUGGUAGAAAUUCCGGUAUGAACUCCUGAGAAAAUUUCGAGAGGAAUACCGGAAGAAAUCGCGAAAAAAAACUCUAAGAGACAUUCCGUGACAACAUAUGAGAAAUAUGUCGAAACAAACUCCUGUACAGAUCCCGGGAUAAAUCCCAUGAAAAUUUCUUCGGCCAGGAGGAACUCUGGGAAAAUAUCAGUGAGAGACUGAGAGCAAUACCAAGAAAACCUGGAAAGAAAUUCUGGAAAUUCCUGGAUCCCCGUAAGAUCCCGGAAAAAAAUCGGUCGAAAUUCAGAAAUACUGGAAGAUUUAAGGAAGAAUCUCCAAAAAAAGAAUUGUUAGAAAUUAAUACAUUGAAACCCUGUAAAUGCACAAAGCCCCACGUUGGGCGCUAAUGUCACAAAUACAGUUAUGAACACUACAAAUGCAUAGUACCCCACGUUGGACGACACAAUACGGACAACUGUCAGCAGAACCCUACAAAUGCCAAUUUUAUUUUCCGCAUCGAGCCCCACAUUUGGGAACUAAUGUGAAACGAAAAGUAAAAUGGAACAUUACAAAUGCACAAAACACAAACAUGCAAAACAUAACAUGUGAUUGUGAAGAUAGCUAAUAUCUAAAUAGAUAACGAAAUUCAAUCCCAGGAUGGCGAGGUUUCAUUAUUGUUCUUGGUCCAUCAGUCAAUCCUGUAGUCGUCUUCUGUCGGAUUAUCUUUUUGACCGCAACGUUGGCUGCUUACAUAGCUUGAGUUUUGUCUAGGAAAUUCUAAUCCUAAGGAAGCCUCUUAAUUCGAGCAAAAGUACAAGACCGUCAACAUUUUGAUAUCCGUGCUAGGGGACGUUGUUUUAUACGUUGCCUUAAAUGGAAGUUCAAGAACACAUACAAGCCACAGUAUAACAUACAAAAUAAACUGGCAAAAUAUUCACAACAAAUUGCAAAAUCUUGGAAAAUGUCGGUAGGUAUCCCGAAGAACCUCCGGGAGGAAUUAUAGUGGAAAUAUAAAGGAAAAUGCCGUAGGUUUUUACAAAAAAAAAAACAUUGUGUAAGAAAUCUAGGAAGGCAUUCCAAGGGGUAUCUCUGAAGAAGUUCCAGAAGAAGUCCUGAUGGAAUUUCUGGGUGGCUUGUAGCUUCCAGUUUCAUCGGUGUUCAUGUGUAGCUUACAGCAUCUUAUCAGAUUUGUUUCUUUGCUGAAAAUAUCUACAUGAUCUAGGAGCCCAAUGUGAUACAUUGCUAGGAGCCCUCCUUUUGUUCCUCUAGUACGGUUAUCCAGUAUACUAGAUUGUGUAAUUCGGAAUAUAUUAUCGAUUGAAUAUAUCCUAAUCGAUAUUAACGAUAAUACAACUAAUUCAGAGCCUUGUGAAGGGUUCAGACACCCCGAAAACAAUCCACAAAUAUAUUUUGGACAUUGAUUCCUAAAGCACAAUUUUUCGCAUAAAAAUGCUAAACGAUUUUUUAGUUAUUAUGAAACUUUCAUCAAAAUCGAAAGAUUUAUUGCAAACUUGAAGCAAAUUCAUAGCUUGACGUCGACAACCUGUACUGUAGUAGAGCCUAAGGAGAAACAUCAGCAACGGAAACGAGUGAUAUUGGAAGCGAUGUGUAAUUUUAUUGUAAUUAUACUAAGUUAUUUAUUUACGGCAAAACGAACUACAACAAAAACAAAAACGGUUAUUAGGUUUCUUAUUUUACAAAUACGGAUGUUUAUUAUGUACAUUAUUGCAAUUCAAAUAAUUAGGAUAGCAGCGUAAUCGAGAGAACAAUACGGGAAAGAAUGAGAAAAACAGAAAACAAAGAGGGAAAAUCAAAAAACAAACACAAUUGAAUAUGUUGAAGAAAAAAAAAACAACAACACAUAGAUAUUAGCAGAACUGAUACAUCUUGGCGCAAAGACUUCGAAUUCGUACACUGUACGAAACAGAAGUGCAAGUCAUAUAGCAAGAAAAAAAACAGAAAUCGUUAGUACUCAAUUUAAGAAAACCAUUUAGAAAACUCGUAAAAUGCAUCAUCGUUCAUCAAAAUUUCGUACUAAAUUUAAGCUACAAGAAAUAAUGACAAAACAAAACACCAGCAAAACCAGAUAAAACGGAUUACCAAUUAACCAAUAGCCCAGUUUAGCUGAUAAAACAAUUUAGUAAUACAUAUAUCGAAAAUGACAAAUACUGACACCGAUGGCAGACUUAGAACCACGCGUUUGAAAACAGACUUAAACCCCGUUAGAAAUGCAUAACAGUUGAAAGCUCAAAUUUCGGUGAAUAGCUUUAUCCAU